AUGAAACUCUUUGUCAUUGCCAGCCUUGUGGUGAUCGCCUCGUGCAUUGAUAUGCGCUCUUCCUACGAUGGCGGAAGUGGUUACGACAACGGAAGCGGCCUGAGUGGUGAAACCGUCGAGAUCGAGCGGAUCAUUGAAGUAGAGGGAUCCGGGAUCAAACUCAUUGAGGUGAUUGGAGAACUCCUUGAGGAUCAAGAUGGGAACAACCGCCGUCGCCGCGACACCGAAGAAGCUGAAGCCGGAACCACUUUGGAGCCAACCACUACAACAACUACUGGAUCAACUCCUGUCAACAAGACGUGCACAAUCUUGGCUGAAUGUGAGGACAGCGAUGACUGCAAUGGCGGAACUUGCGCUGGUUUCUUCCCUGGCAAAUGCAACUGCAACGCUUGCAUCACCGCGUUGCCUUGCAAUUCUGAUGCGGCUUGUGGCGGACUUCAGGGAGCCUGCAACACAACAAAGAAGGCCUGCGACUGCUUUGGGGCACUCGCUCAACAUGGCUAUCCAACCGUCCUCAAUGCCCUUCAGGACUUCUGCAACGCCAAGUCGUGCAAGAAAGAUGAAUGCGCCGGCCUCAAAUGCAACAAGGGUUUCUGCACCUGCCCACCAAAGAAAGAAAAC